AUGUUACGAGCACCCCCAAGACCGAUCAAACGCCUCCUCGUUGCAAACAGAGGCGAAAUAGCAACCCGAAUCAUCUCCUCAGCCCGGGAACUCGAGAUUGAAGUAUACGCCAUCUACAUCUCCGGAGAUGCAUCACACGCUACAAAAGCAGCACACGCUAUUGAAGUCUCAUCAGCAGCCACAUUCAUGGAUAUCGAUGCCUUGAUUAACCUCGUCAAGAAACACCACAUCGAUGCUGUGCAUCCCGGCUAUGGCUUUCUUUCAGAGUCUGAAGACUUUUCAAGGAGGAUGUGGGAGGAAGCUGGUGUUGUUGUUGUCGGUCCGGGGUGGGGCAUCUUGAGCAAUACGGGGGAUAAAUUGAGAGCGAGGAUGCUUGCUGAGGACUGUGAGUGCAACGUGCCAGUUUCCCCGGCAUUACAAAAACCUACCAGCAGCGUCGAAGAUGUAAGGCGAUUUGCUUCACAGAUCGGGUAUCCCAUCAUGGUCAAGGCUGUUGACGGCGGCGGAGGUCGGGGUAUCCGGCUCAUUCGAAGUGAGGAGCAGUUGGGAGCUUUAGUCGAACGAGCAGUCCAAGAAAGCCCUUCUAAGCAAGUGUUCGCGGAGAAGGCAGCGAUUGACGGGUUCCGCCACGUCGAGGUUCAGAUCAUUGGAGAUGGGCGCGGGAACGUCACACAUCUGUGGGAACGAGAAUGCAGUAUUCAGCGGCGAUACCAGAAAAUCGUCGAACUGGCACCGAGUGUCGUUCCUGAUCGUAAGCUGAUCGCAAAAAUCCAAUACUUCUCCCUGGGAACGUUCGAAUUUCUCGUGAACCCAGCGUCGAAAAAGUACUACUUCUUGGAAGUAAACCCACGGUUGCAGGUCGAGCACACCAUCACAGAAUCGAUCUCAAUGACUGACAUAGUCAAAGCCCAGCUGCUGCUGGCCCAAGGCGCCGAUCUUUCUGCCUGCGGAUUGCCCUCCGUUGAACGAGAUCCAGAGGUUCCACCUCCAGUACACUCAAUCCAGCUUCGAAUCACAGCUGAGAAUGUGGAGAGCGACUGGUCAUUGUCAAUUGGCAAAAUCACGUCAUUUCAGUUUCCCAGUGGCAACGGUGUUCGCGUAGACACCCAUCUCGUCAGCGGACAUCCCGCGAUUGUGUCUGCAGAUUUCGACAGCCUCAUCGCUAAGCUCAUCAUCACUGCAUCUUCGUGGAAAGAUGCGGUUUGUAAAGCUCGACGUGCAUUGGACGAUACACAGAUCUCAGGCGUAAAGACGAACAUUGGGAUCCUCAGAGCCAUAGUGGCGCACUCAGAUUUCAUGGACGGCACCUGUGACACCCGAUGGCUCGAAAGCAAGCAGCACGAGCUUCUCCAGUCGAGUCAGCACCUGUCCCUCUCCCCCAACAACAUAUUAGGACCAGAAACAGCAGUUCCAUCAUCAAGCGCAAGCAUAUCCACAGCCAACACGCUCUUCCGCAAAGGAGACGCAUGGUCCCUCACCCUCUCAUCCCCCGAAACCCAACAACCACUCCCACACCACCUCGAGCUAACCCGCGUCCUGCGCAACGACUUCCCCUCCUCCCUCUCCGCAGACAUCCUCUUCACCACACCCUCAACAUCAUCGUCCACGCCAUCCCAAACAACCCCAUACACACUAACCCUCACAUCGACAUCCGCCAGCGGUUCGGCAGCGACUUCGCAUCACCGGCGUGGCAACCCCUCCGACCCGUCACACAUCAGCAUACCGUUCCCGGGUAAGCUGGUCGAGGUGCUGGUUGAUGAGGGUGAUGUGGUGAAGGAGGGCGAUGUGGUUUGCGUGGUGCAGCAGAUGAAGAUGGAGCUUGAGGUCAGGAGUCCGAGGAGUGGGCGCGUGAAGUGGGUUACGGAGGUGCAGGAUGGCGAGGAUGUCGCGGAGGGGAUUCUGGCUGCUAUUGUAGAGAGCGAGAAGGAGGCCCGGCUUUGAUGGAGAUGGGCUAAACUGAUGAGU